UUCUUAUUCCAUUUUCCUUUAAGGAUAUUCUUAAGACAUUUUUAAAUUUUUGUCUUACUAUCGUGAAUAUUUAUCGGCAUGGUUGUAAUUUUCAAAACUUUCAAGCUAAAUUGUAUGUGAUGUUUUAGGAAUUAAAAAUUGAUUCAGCAUGCAGAAAGUGAAAGACGCUAUAGACAGACUGAAUAAUGCAUUGGAUGGUCUGUCAUCAUCAACAACAAGUACUCAAAAUAAUCCAAAUCAGAACAUCUUCCAGAGUCCAAACUCACAUCCAAGUCCAAACUUACAUCCAAGUCCACAACAUCAGAGAAUUCUACAAGAUUUCAAUAAGCAAUUUCCAGCGUUGAAUGCUGGUGGUAGCCGAUAUCGCCCACAAGCAAAGAAACCACGUCUCUCUAAUAACUUCAUUAAGGACACAUGGACCCAUAAAUUCUGUGCACUGAGCUACAAAGAUACAUCAGUUUCACCUAAUACACGUGAAUUAAUGGAGCUAAACCAAGUUGGUCUCGGAAUUGAAAAAGUUGUUUUUCCUUCCAAAACUGGAACACAUGCUAUGCUUCUGGAAGAGUUAACAAAAGCUUAUCCAAAAUUAUCAUCACAGAGUGGUGGCAUUGAACUUCUGAGGGCUGAGAGUGGUGGAAUAAACCGACCAUUGGUGUUGAUACCACCAAGAAAAGAUGGUUAUUCUAUCAGCUAUUUAAAAAAUUUAGUACCCGGUCACGCUGUAAUAUACAUCAGACCAGUGCAGAGCGACUUACCAAUGGAGGAACCAACUAUGGAUUCAGGUAUUGAAGUUAACUGUGUACGAUGUAAUCAGAAAUAUCCGUUAAAUGAUUUAAGAUUCCAUCAAGCUUAUUGUCAACUUGAUGAUGACAUUUUUCCAGAGAUGAUAGACGAUGAAGCUGGGCCAUCGAAUGAAAAAGAAGUAGGAAGUACUUCUCCCCAUAUCGAUACUUUGUCGGCAAUGUUUCCUCGAAUCUCUAAAGCCACAAUUCAGGACAUUUUACGGAAUACCAAAUCUAUCGAUGUGGCAGCCAAUAUUUUGAGUGAGAAAAGUGCAAGUGAAAAUAUGUCUGACAUGCUGCAAAUUAAAUGUGUAGAUAAGGACAUGUCUUUAAAAGAAAUUCUCAAUCAAAUUACAUCUCUUGCUUCAGAAAAUGAUACAAUCACUUUGGAAAUUGAACGUGACAAUCUUUGGAUGGAAUCCUUGAGAUUUUACAAAAGGAACCUUGUGAAUUCUCAAGUUAUGACCAAAAAAUUGAUCAUUGAGUUUAAAGGAGAGGACGGCCUUGAUGGUGGGGCAAUGAAAACCGAAUAUUUCAACCUUUUGUUAGAAGAAGUUAAAAAUCGUCUAUUUGAAGGUGAAAAUAACAGUUUGUUGCCUGUGAAAGACAUCACAAAAGCUGUGCUUUUCAAAGUUGCUGGUAUGAUUAUCGUACAUUCAUUGAUUGCUGGUGUUGACACCGGCUUCCCAGUAUUAGCAAAACCAUACUUUUUACACAUGUGUGGUAGAGAUACCGACAGUUUGAUUGAAAGUUUGAAUAAAAGCCACAUACCAGCAAAUGCAACAACUGAAAAUUUGAUUGAAUUGAUUGAAUCACUUGAUCAAUGUAAAACAAAGGACGAUAUAGACAAACUGCUUUACAAGGACAAUCAGAAGCAAGAUGUGUUUUGGUCACUUAUUAAUUCUGCGCAUUGGCCUGCCGACAAGAAUAUUAACAAAGAAAAUGUCCCAUUACUGAUUCAACAACUCAUUUUGAAUGAUGUGAUAUUGUCACGCCGAAACUCUUCAGACAUGUUAUUCGAAGGUUUGAGCUCGUGCAAUUUCUUGAAUACGAUUCGGUGUCAUUGGAAAGUUAUGGAUCAAAUAUUUUGUGCUGGUUAUCGCAUGAUUGAGAGUAAAGAAUUUAUCAAAUGUUUUAGUUUUGACGAACCAACUUCCUUCGUGGAGACACAGGCAAAGAAAUUUUUUCUGUCGUUUAUUGAAAAAAGUGACAGUAUGACAUUGAGUAAAGUACUUGCCUUCUGUACUAGUCAUACAGUUGUUCCACUGGAUGGUAUGAAAAAUGAAAUCAGAGUGAAAUACAUGUCGGAUGAUGAAAAAAACAGUAUGUGCAAAUCCUCUGCAUGUUUAAAAAUAAUCUACCUACCUACAGUUCAUUCUGUAGAAAAGGCGUUUCACAAUAUGUUGGCAACAGCUUUAGCAUGUGAAUCAAAGGGAUUCGCAAAUCCAUGAUAAUUGUAAAUUUUUAGGGGCACUAACGAGUUUAUUUUUUUCCUUCAAGGUGAUCGAUUUUUAGCUUAUGUUGUCAUUGUUCUUAUUAUGUUGUCAUUGAGAAAAAAUGCCGAUUUUUUUUCUUUUUCUUCCAAAAUAUGCCUCACUUCUAUAAAACUGAUUUUUUUUCUGGUGGGGGAAUAUAAAAAUCCUGUCAGUCCUAUGCAAGAAUUCUUCCAGUGAUAUACAUACUUUUAAUGAUCAGAUUGAUUAUGAUUAGUCUCGAAUUUAUGACUGACUUGUACGCUCCUUGAAGUCUAUAUAUACUGCACAUGCAUUUAUAAGUUCGUCUUUUUGUUGUUCUAUUUUGUUUGUUUUCUAACUUUUAUAUGGAAAAGAUGUAUGGUUAUAGUCGUGAUCAAGUUACGCAUUGCAUUAUCAUUCAGCUGUGCUAACCAAGAAGAUAUUUUUCUUUUCUUUUUAUUUCACAAGGGUUAUGUUUGUUAUUUUGUUCUUUAUGUGAAAAAAUGUUCUACUUAUAUACGGUCGACUCACUCAGAGAAAGUUAUUUAAAAACAGAACUGUUAUCGUUAAGUAACUUUUAAACAUAUUUCGAACAUUUUGGAGGGAAUUUCGUCUGGCAUUUUUAGGAUUUAUUGUAUGAUUAAACAAACAAGUGGUUUUGUUGACAUUUCGUGUACUUAUGCAGUACUUUUAUUUUUCAGAAUAUAACAUGAAUAUACAACAAUUGA